AUGUCGACUGUCCUCCACGUUCGUGCAGAGACCAAGCCAUUGGAGCAUCGUUCAGCGGUGACUCCCUCAGUUGCCAAAAAGCUGGUCGAAGCCGGCUACACGGUCAAUGUCGAGCGGUCUGAAUUGAGCAUCUUCAACGACUCUGAAUAUGAGGGCACUGGCGCCAAUCUUGUGCCCACGGGCUCCUGGACCGAUGCGCCCAAGGACCACAUCAUUGUGGGUUUGAAGGAAUUGCCAGAGGAAGACUUUCCUCUCAAGCACACACACGUACAGUUCGCCCACUGCUACAAAGGACAAGGUGGCUGGGACAAAGUUCUUGGCCGCUUCCCUCGUGGCAAAGGCACUCUGCUUGACCUGGAAUUUCUGGAAGACGAGCAAGGACGACGAGUUGCUGCAUUCGGCUAUCAUGCUGGCUUUGCGGGUGCUGCGCUUUCCCUUAUGGCGUGGUUGUGGCAACUCGUUCACGGAAAAGAUAAGCCCCUCCCUGGGGUCAAGGCUUACGACAAUGAGAGCCUUCUCAUCAACGAUGUCAAGAAAGCCGUCGCAGAGGGCAAGGCCAAAGCUGGUCGUUUGCCGAGAGUGCUUGUCAUCGGCGCCCUCGGCCGAUGUGGUCGAGGUGCUGUUGAUCUUUGUGUUAAGGCUGGUGUUGAGGAUAUUCUAAAGUGGGAUUUGCCGGAGACCAAGGCCAAGCCCGGACCAUACCAGGAGAUCGUGGAGUCCGACGUCUUUGUCAACUGCAUUUAUCUAUCUGCAAAGAUCCCACCGUUCAUUGACCAGCCGUCCCUCGCAUCGCCCAACCGCAAGCUGAGCGUCGUCUGCGACGUGUCCUGCGAUACCACGAACCCGAACAAUCCAAUCCCAAUUUACGACAUCAACACCACGUUCGAUCAACCGACCGUUCCUGUCAAACUCGCAGCAGAAACGAAUGACGUUCGACUCAGCGUCAUCAGCAUCGAUCAUCUGCCUUCGUUGCUUCCAAGAGAAGCGUCUGAGGCGUUCAGCAAUGCCCUACUGCCCAGUCUUCUCCAGUUGAAAGACUGGAAGACUGCUCGCGUGUGGCAGCAGGCAGACAAGCUCUUCAAGGAGAAGUGCGCGACUCUUCCAAACGGCGCCGUAGAUGGUCAUACCGAGCUGCUUGCCUCGCAAUCGUAG